AGGAGGUUUAGAUGAUUAUUGAUCUUCACAAAUCAAAUUGCUAUAUUCAUCAUCAAAAUAUAUACCCAUCCUUGUAAGUUGUUAAUUCAUUCAUGGCUACAACUAAAACAUUUUCUCUCAUUGGUUUCCUUUUGUUCACUUCAAUUCUUCUCCAAUCCAUGAAUGUGAAUGCUAUUACGAAUGCUUGUUUCACUUUUAAAGAUCAUUUUCCUAUACAUUGGUCCGAACGUGAUAGUUACUGUGGUGGAGACCUCAUGCGUUGGACGUAUUCUGAUGAUGUCCAUGGGGAUUGUAUACAAUGGUGCUUGCCAUUUCAUGAGAGUUACGGAGUAAAUUGUGCCCAGAUAAACGUAGAUGAAGACUCCAAGGAUUACUGUGCUUGUUACCAAGGGUGUCCAUGAAUAAAAACAGCAUAUAUAUGCACUGUGUUGCGCUGUAAGUUACUAUUAUAGGGUGGCUUCUUCUUCAUUUGGUGUUUUUUUGUUAUUGUAUGAAUACAGAGGUCGACUGUUGUUUUAUUCCAUGGUUGUUGUUGUGAACAAUAAAAUUUUACUGAUAAUUAUUGGUGUUGAUUAAACUAUGAUUGAUGCAUGUAAUCCAUCCAUAUCCAUUGGAUCAAAA